AAAAAAAAGACAGAGAAACGACAACUGCUACUUAGUCUCCCAGCAACUGCAAUAUAUCCAGAAGGAUCAAAAUGGCUGGCGAUGAAAUGCUGUCGCAAGAAAUAGAAGGUAAAAAUUUACCAACGUCCAGCAUUGACAGAAAUCGAAGCCUGGAUGAAGGACAAGAACAAGAAACGGCUGAAAGAGAAAUUCCGAGGCAAAGAUUAAUUACACCAAGCCGCAAUGGACCUUGGAUUCGGAAGAUCAGUUUUCGUCAAAUAUUUUAUAAGGCAGUGCGAGGGGGACAGCUGUAUUUGGUGAAAAUGUUGUUGGAGUAUGACAAAACGCUGCUUGGCACAAAAUUCACAAAAUUCGAAGAGAAUGCUCUCCAAGUCGCAGUGGUUUCUGGACAGGAAAAGAUUUUUAGUAAGUUAAUGGAAGAAGACGGUUCCAAUAAUAUCGUGAAAGAGAAGAACAUGUACGGAGAAACAAUACUCACUCUUGCCGCCGCCCAAGGCAACAUCAAGAUUGUGAAGCGAUUGGUGGGAACAUGCGAUGAACUAGCGGACAUUCCCAAUGACAAUGGAGAUUUACCCAUCACUGUGGCUGCUUUAUUUGGAAACAAGGAAAUUGUUUACUUUCUGUUUGAUCUUACUCUGGCAAUUACCAAUCUGUUUGUUGAAGAAGAAGUGAACAUGACUAAUUCAACUCAGUCGAGUGUAGAUGAUGGUGAUUUCAAGUUUCUCAAAGUGUCCAUGACUACUCAAGUCUGUGGACGUGAUGAGCGAAACUACAGCUUCAAGCUUGUUAAUGAAGAUAAGGAUGAAGCUUAUAAGCCUGCUUAUCUAAGCGGCUAUCAUUCUUUUAGGCUCUUCAAAGCAUGCAUCAGCUCCCAACUCUAUGAUCUAGCUUAUAAGGUUUUCCAGGAAUCUCCGACACUCUGCAUCAAUGAAAUGGUCAAGGAGAAUGGUAAAACAAUACAUCCACUAGCCCGGGUGUUUAUGAAAAAACCAAUAGGACAAUGGUUCAUAGAUUGGUGUUUUGAGUUCGAUAAAAACGGUACUCUUGGAAUAGACUUUCCAUGGACACGGAUAGAAAAGAUAGUUGAAUUAUGGCAUUUCGACUCUGGAGCUCGAAAGUUGUUGCGUCAGAUAUGCAUGGAGAUAUUGGAAUCAGAAAACCGUUACGAAAUCAUACAAAAGGUGUUGAGCAGACCAAUCUUAAUUGCCGUGGAACAAGAUAAUACGAGUUUCACUGACGCAAUUAGGGAAUUCCACCCAGAUGCAUUGUGGGUUAUACUCGAUGAAUUAUCUAAUUCUGACAUGGCCCUUUCCAAAGAUCUCUUCAAAAUCUACAUCUCUGCAUUGAAAAAUCCUGAAACUGGCCUUUUAAGAACCAUUCGGGCUGAUAGAAAUGGAAACACGAUCCUUCAUCAUGCCGCAUUGUUAUCAUCAACCAAGAAGCUUAGCCGCUUUCCUAGUCCAUCUCUACAAAUGCAAAGCGAGAUACAGUGGUUUAAGAAAGUGGAGAAGAUUUUACCCAUGUGCAAAGGAGUAGAAAACAAGGAUAACCUAAUUCCAAUGGAUUUAUUCGUACAAGAACACAGAAAGCUCAAGAAAGCCGGAGGGAAAUGGUUGAAGGAGACGGCAUCAUCUUGCUCGGUAGUGGCGACGCUUAUUAUCACUAUAAUGUUUAGUGCUACAUUCACUGUUCCAGGCGGCUAUGACAACGAUACAGGCAUUCCCAUAAAUUUGGGAUCAAAAUACUUCACUAUCUUCAUAAUUUCAGAUGCAUUAUCUUUGUUCUUGUCCUGCACUUCGGCUAUGUUAUUCCUGAGAAUUUAUACAUUGGACUUUCAAGAUGAAGAUUUCCUGAUCAAGUUGCCCUUGACCUUGACAUUCGGCAUUUUCACUCUCUUCCUAUCUAUCGUAACAAUGGUGAUAGCUUUCAGCGCUGCCUUCUUCCUGACGCUGAGAGAGACCCUUGAGAGCAUGACCUUGCCGGUGUUCAUGUUAGCCAGUAUUCCAGUCAUCGUUUAUUCUGCAUCGUACCUCUGGAUUUUCAUUAAUGUUCUUCGUUUGACCCUGCACCACCUAUUUAAUCGAUAAGUACACGUCAUGGUCAACUGCAAAUGGAAGAAAAACAAAUGGAUGUUCCUUUGUUUUCCUUAUUUAUUUUGUAUUUUU